AUGCCGUACAUUGCUGAUUCACGCCCGGCACCACCGACAGUGAUCGGCCCUGCGACUAAAAAGGCGACUCGUCCAAGCGACCCCCUACCCCAAUCCCUCAUCGAUGGUGCCCGAGUGGCCAAGAAGGAAGUCUUCGAUGCCGGUAAACAUUUGAACUUUAGUCCGCCAAAGGGCGUGACAACCAUGAAAGAGAUUGGCCUUGAUGGUCGGGGAAUUUCUCCAAUUGCUGCAUCGGAGCCUUUCCCACUUUCUCCCCCGAAGCAAUCAGGCAAAUCCGAGGCGAAAUAUUCAGUAGCAGGUGUUGAUCUUGUUCAAGCGUUUGACUACGAAAUCGCGAACAUUAAUAUUUCCGUGAAGAAGGAUUGUGUGGCCGGUUCUGAUUACAAACAAGAACCGGAUGUCUCUGCCUUUGCAUGGCACUAUGACAGCUUUCCCUUUGUCUGUGUGACUAUGCUCUCAGACUGCAGUAAUAUGGUAGGGGGUGAGACUGCAAUCAGGACACCUGCAGGUGAUAUAAAGAAAAUCCGGGGGCCAGAAAUGGGAACUGCUGUAGUCAUUCAAGGGCGAUACAUCGAGCACCAGGCAUUAAAGGCUAUAGGAGGUCUCGAGCGUAUCAGUAUGGUGACUCCUUUCCGACCGCGAGAUCCUUCCAUCCGUGACGAACUUGUCCUGACUGGCUCGAGGGCAAUAAGCAAUUGGUCUGAGCUUUAUCAUGGAUUUACCGGGUAUCGGCUGGAACUUCUUGAGGAUAGGCUCCGUUUGAAGAUGAAGGAGGAACAGAAGAGAGUGGACACCAAACGUCCUUUCAGCAUUCCCAAUAUGACCGCAUUCUUAAGGGAACAGAUUUUUUUCUUGGAAGCAACAGUUGCUGAGCUGACCCCUGUGGAGGAAAUGGAUUAA